CGGCGGACCAGACGGUGGAAACAGGGCGUCGAUCUCUUGGAUUGCGGCGGAGCAACACCGAUUUGAGCGCACCGCGUGGGUGGAGUCAAACCUGAAAAUGAGAUAAAUACGUAACUUACAGAAAAAGGUAACAUUUUUUUUAAACUUCCCUUCGUAUUAAAUACUACAUAUAGGAAGCCGCGGCCCGGCGUUACUAAGUUUCCCCAGGCGGAAUUCCGGCGACACUCCGGCGAACAUUCUCAAUAAACUUCCUUAUCAUCUCAGCUCAUCCAUCCUGAAACACAGCCGGCGGUACGUAAUUUUUCCAUUGAGUUUCCUUAUUUUUCAAGCCAGAAACCGCCCAACCAACCUCUCUCCAUCCCUCGACCUAUAUGGAUCUUCCUCCCAAAGAACUCCAAUAUUGUUGAUGAACACAACAAUCCCAGAAUUUCCCACCUCCCAAUCCUCCUCGGAGAUCGGAUUAUUCGGUUCUAUUGGGGACUUUUUUGUGGGGGAAAGUUAGAAUUCAGAGAGUUGUUGUUAAUUAUGUUAGGUGGUGUUCAAUGGGGAGUUUUAGCGGCGUGCGUGGUGCUCUUCGUGCCGAUGGGAAUGGCGGGAUGGCAUUUGAGCCGCAAUAAGAUGCUGUUCUUCAGCGGCGCUCUGUUUAUAACCCUUGCAAUCGGCGUCCAUCUCACGCCCUACAUUCCUUCUGUUUCCGAUUUCGUCACCACCGUCUCCUCCGUCGUGAUCUUCGACAGCCGAGCCUCCUGCGUUUCCCAGUUACAUGAAGUUGUUUGGGAAGUCAAGCAGAGCCCUGGAUUCAACCCUUUGAGUAAUAACUCUGUUAAUUAUGAGAAAUCAUGGAAAUGGGGAAGAUCUGCUCCUGUUAUUGCUUGUGGGUUUCAGAAGCUGGCUCCUAUGGAUGCCACCGAUUUGCUUAAUGGAUCGUGGGUGGUCGUCGCCGGCGACUCUCAGGCGAGACUGAUGGCUCUCUCGCUGCUGAAUUUGACGUUAGAUUCUCAACGAAUGGAAGCCAUCAGGGGGGAUCUGUUCAAGCGGCAUAGCAAUUACCAGAUUCUGAUCGGCGAAACUGGGAUGAAAUUGGAUUUCGUUUGGGCUCCUUAUGCUUCUAAUUUGACUGAUUUAAUGGUGGAAUUCAAGCAGAAUCGUAGCUACCCUGAUGUUCUAAUCAUGGGGUCGGGGCUAUGGCAUAUGCUUCAUUUUACUAACGCAUCAGAGUUUGGAUUUUCCUUGGAAUUACUUAGAACUUCGGUUGUUUCCAUGCUUCCAUUGACUCCAGAAAUUGGAUCUGAAGGGCCUUUGACAGGCUCUGUGUCCAUUCGAACGCCACAUUUGUUCUGGAUUGGAAUGCCAACGCUGAUAAACUCCAUGUUAAACACUGAGGAGAAGAGGAAGAAGAUGACUGAUACAAUGAGGGUGGCUUACGACGAAUCGCUCCGCAAGAGCAUGCUUCUUCGCUCGUCGGGUGGCCCCCUCUUGUUGCUGGACAUUGAGACUUUGAGUUGGAAUUGUGGGGUUCGAUGUACAGUGGAUGGGAUGCAUUACGAUGGUAUUGUAUAUGAAGCUGCCAUUCAUAUUAUGCUUAAUGCUUUGCUUAUUGAAUCUCAUCAGAAGCUGUGAAGGACUGAAGGAGGUUCCAAUGAUGCUUGUAGAAGAGUUGGUUUCAGGAUUCUCUAACACUAAGUUCUCAAGAUGAGAGGUGAAUUCUACCCUUUUUUCCACUUUUAUCUCGGAUUUUCUUAGUUGAUUUGAUGAGAUUAGGAGUUUCAUUAUUCUUUGUUUUUCUUUUUCCCUCUGGUCAAUGUAAUAACACAUAGAAACCCAUUUCAUAAAUCACAGGCCACAACAUUUAUAAUUGUAUAGCUUUGGAAUUGGAUCAUCAUUCAUGAAUUCUUUAGGAAUGUUUGAUAAAGCACUUGAAAAUACAGCCUGCCAAAGCCAUGGUGGUUUUGAUUCACUCCAUCUUUUUGUUAUUUAGUUUCUAAUUCUUAGGGAAUUGUAAAUAUCUGGACAAGAGGUGACAUUUUUAUUCUUCAAUCAGAUAAAUAACAUUUUUCCUAAAGAUUUAUCCUGUUGAAGAUGAAAACUAAUCUAUAUCUAUCAUGGGAAGCUUUCUUCUGAAGUCUAGCUGAAUGGAUUACAGUAUUCAUUUGUUAUGUACAUUUCAUAAUUGUUCAUAAUGUCAGUAUCUUGAAAAAAGCAUGGCUAGUCGUGCUUUCUUGAAAGCAGGAGGGCGUCUCGCUUUGGGGCACCCACCAUUUCUUUAUGAACUUUUUAUAAAGAAAGUGAACAAUACAGUGCUUGAAACACUAGAGCCUUACCCCAUUUUACAAAUCAUCUCUAUUCCUCAACAACUCUCUACAUUCAUGGAUGCAAGAUGGGAUACUCCCUAAUCUUGUUCAUUCAUGAAUGCAGAGGGCUUCUCAGACCGAAAAUGAGAGAAGAGUCUGCCACUAUCUCAAUUCACUUGUGUUGAUAGACAACUCAAUUUAUCACAACUCAAAUAGACAGUUUUUUGCUGCCAACUUGAGUAUAGCUCAACUCAUAAGGCAUAUGUACCGAACAUAAAGGUCAGAGGAUCAAAUCUCUACCCCCACAUAUCGAACUAAAUAAUGAUCAUUUUUUUCUAGGCUCAUAGGCACAUGGCAGUCCAGCAAAGCCAACACAACAGUGACAAUAACCACAUUAGUCAGCCCAAGUGAUGAUCAUUGAUCAUAUCCAUCAUGAACCCACCUGGGGAUCAUCUAAUGGGACACAAUCGAUUCCUCGAUUGGCUCAAGUUUGGAAAAUAUCAAAUUGUAUGGCAUUGAAGACAUCGAGUUCGAGAGAGCGUUUUCACUGUUAGGGACCAAAGGUUUCAGCAGAUGGAGGAGGAUAAUAGGGGAGUUGCCAAAGGGGGUGUUCCACUGAAAGAGGAGUCCAAGAAAGGUCAGUUUGGUGAAGUAGAGGCAAUGGAUGCCUCUAAAACAUCAGAAGAGAGGGGAAGCAGAGGAUAUAUGGGGUUCGAAAAUGGAGUUUAAUGGCGAAGAUGGAACAUGUGAGAAAAGGAGAUAGGAAAUGAAGAUAGUUUAAAUCUUGUUUCAAUCCUUUCAAUAUCUGUGUUUGUUUCUGCAUUUGGCUCGCUCCUGGACAUAGUUUAGAUCUUGUUUUAGUCAAACUACUUUCAUAGUUUCACUAUUUUCUCUAGUUUGGUCAUUCUACUUUAUCUCUGAAUUUUACAUAAAUGUCCAUCUCAGUUUUUGUCACUAGAUUGUUAUGUUGGAAAAAGCAGGACAUUUGUAUAAUGAGCCAAAGAAGCUUCGGUUCCAAGUGAUGUAUAUUAAGUUUUUAUUGAAUGAGGAAAUAACAAGGACCAAAUUUUUGAGGAUCA